AUGACAUUACAAGUUUACAAACAAAAGAUGCCAACCACAUAAAUUCUCCACUCCAAUCAUACAAACUUCACCACCCUCCAUCACCAUAAAAAACAAACAAGGCCGUCUCGAGCUCAUCGAUCGAUCAAUGGCUCCCUUAUCCCACCCUCUCCACUUCCUUCUCAUCCCACUGAUGUCGCAGAGCCACAUCAUCCCCUUGACCGACUUCGGCAAGCUCCUCUCCCAGCGCGGCCUCAUCGUCUCCAUCAUCACCACGCCCCGCAACUUCACCAGAUACAGCGCCGCCAUCGCCCACGCCGCGAGCACCGGCCUCCAAAUCCGGAUGAUUCCUCUGGACUUUCCGGGCGAGGAGGCCGGCCUCCCUCGGGGCUGCGAGAACAUGGACUCCCUUACCUCCAUCGACCUCGCCCCCGAGUUCUUCGCGGCGUGCGAGAUGCUCGAGGCGCCGCUGCUGAAGCUGAUGGCCGAGCUGCGUCCGAGGCCGAGCUGCGUGGUCUCCACCAACGCUCUGCCUUGGACGCAGAGGGUCGCAGACAGCUUCAGCAUUCCGAGGUAUAUCUUCGAAACCAUAUCGUGCUUCAUUCUGUUCUGCUCCCACGUGCUGUCUCUUGACAGCACGCAGGGGAUGAUCGCGGCAGCAGAAUCCGGCUCAGACCCGUUUCUGGUGCCGGGUAUACCCCACAGAAUCGAGCUCACCAAGGCUCAGAUUCCGCAGCAGGCCAAGAAGAAAUCUGCUGACGAUAACAUUGACACAAUCAUUGAUCAGAUUAAAAAAGCUCGAAGCUCUUCACGAGCCACGCUCGUGAACAGCUUCGAAGAGAUUGAGUCGGGAUAUGUCGAGGGGUAUGCAAAGGUGGCACGAGCGCUCUGGUGCAUCGGCCCAGUCUCCGUGUGCAACAAGAGACCCGAUGAGAAACUCGACAGAGGAAACAAGGCCUCCAUCGACGAGCGCCAAUGCAUGUCGUGGCUCGACUCAAAAGAAACCGGGACGGUGAUCUACGCGUGUUUCGGAAGCUUAUGCCGAAUCUCAGCUGCGCAGAUCAAGGAGAUCGGGUUAGGGUUGGAGGCCUCAGGUUUCCCUUUCAUUUGGAUUAUAAGAGAUGCUUCUCUAACCGCAGAAGUUGUGGAAUGGUUGGAGGAAAAAAAUAAUAGUCUCAAGGAGAGGGGACUAAUCAUCCGGGGGUGGGCCCCGCAGGUGAUGAUACUGUCGCACGCCUCGGUCGGAGGGUUUCUGACGCACUGUGGGUGGAACUCGACUCUGGAGGGGGUGAGCGUGGGCGUGCCCAUGAUAACAUGGCCCAUGUUCGCGGAGCAGUUUUACAACGAGAAGUUCAUCGUGCACGUGCUCGGGAUCGGGGUGAGGGUCGGGGUCGAGGCGGGAGAUGAGUUUGUGAAGUGGGAUCAGGUGAAGAGGUCGAUUGAGGAGUUGAUGGAGGGAGAUGAGGAGGGAAGAGAGAGGAGAAGAAGAGCAAAGGAGUUGAGGGAGAGGGCGAGGGAGGCGUUGGAAGAAGGAGGGUCUUCUUAUAGGAAUAUUACGUUGUUGAUUCAAGAUGUAGAGCUGCAAGUUAUGGAACUAGGAGGUAGGCCAUUGUUGGAAGAAAGUCAAGAAACUUUAGCUUAGACCGCCUUUUUAAAAAAAAAAAAUGCAAUUCUUAAUAGUGGUUGUCAUAGCAAAUCGACUGAAAUUUGAAAAUAAAUACGCCUCCACAGAGUUAGUUAA